AAAAGUACAAAGGCACAAAAGUACAUGUACGGAUGGAUGAUCAUGUGAACAAGAAGGAGAUAACGAAGAGCAGAAACGAAUAACCGCUUGGACCAAUUGACACAAACUGUCGAACGAAACCAAAGCGGCUAGCUUCCAUGGAUAAAAAUUGAAAAAGUAGAAAGCAAAAUUCGCAACGCGCAUACAACGCAAAGUUAUGCAUGUAUAUAUUAUAAGAAGGGCUGCAUGAAGCAAAUAUGCUAAUUCGGCAAGCAAAAUUACUAACCUGAGAAAAAAAUAACAUUACAUAGCUAUAAAAGAAUUCACAAAAUAAGCAGCUCCUUUCUUCAUAUAGAACAACACAACCCCCAUUAGAAAGAGCGUAAAAUAUUUGUCGAGGAAAAUGUGUGUUCUAACGUUAGUGAAGGACGAUGUAAAAUCGGAUAUUCUGAAAUUGGUCCUUGACUUUAUCAAAGCGGUGGUCGUCAAAGAUAAUGAAAAAGUAGCAUUUCCCGAAGUGCGACACGAAAAGAAUAUUUCUUUCGAAUAUAAGGAAAAAAAGUACAAGGAGCUGUUUUGCACGCUCUACGCGAUUAUCGAUAUAUACGACUGCUACAACGAACUGUUCAAUGAAGAUGAAGGCAAAGUGAGCGAAAAUGAGGAAUUCAUUUUCCAUUUGGCUAGUGACAAAUUUACACUGAAGCAGCUGGACUUGAAGCAUUUGAAUGAUUUGUUGUGUGAAAAAUCGUACAUCGUAUCGAAUAUACAUGCCUCCAUAGUAGACAUUUUUUAUUUUUGCUCGGUUUAUAAAUAUUUAAGUGAAAUGCCCCCCAAGGAGAGAGUCGAAUUUUCACACAUAUAUAGAUGGUUUUUACACAUUCAAGAAACCAUAGUGGGGAAAUUCACUACACUGAAAAAGUUGGAAGUGAGGGACAGCCUGGAAACUUUCCUAAAUAAUAAAAAUGUAACGAGCCCAAGUGAAAAAACUAAUAAUGCAGACGUUGCACAACAGAAGGAUGAUAAGAAAGCAAAAAAUGAAAAUGGAGAAAAUGAGAAAAGUAAGAAGAAAAAUAAUGCACAAAAUAAAAAUGCUCAGAAAAAGAAAGUAGAGGAACCAAAAAUCCUCGAUGAUAUUACCAGAUUAAAUAUUAUCGUAGGGUAUGUAGAGGAAGUGGAAAUUCACCCAGAUGCAGAUACGCUGUACUGUUUGAAAAUAAAUGUGGGGGAAGAAAAGUCCAGGGACAUUUGCAGUGGUUUAAGACUUAAAAAGAAAUCAGAAGAUUUACUACACAAAUACGUUUUAGUGUUAGCCAAUUUGAAGGAAAAGUCCUUGAGGGGAAGAAAAAGCCACGGUAUGGUUUUAUGCGGAUCUUUUGGUGAACAAAUAGAGCUGCUUGCCCCCCCAUCUGGAGCCAACGUUGGGGAGAGAAUUAUUUGUGAAAAUAUGGAUGUCAAUAAAUUACCAGAUAAAACCUUAAGCUCUGAUAAGGACAAGAAUCCCUUUUUUCACAUCCAGCCACAUCUGCUCAUCAAGAAUGGUGUAGCGUAUUAUAAGGAUGUCAAGUGGCUCUCGUCCAAAGGGGAAAUUACUUGCCCAUUAGAACAGGGAACGAUUUCGUAG